AUUUAAUACCUUUUAGCUGAAUUUAAUUAAAAAUAAAAUACGGAGCUACUCUCUCUCACAUACCUACUACUCAUACAUUUACUCGUGCAACAACGAAAAUACGACUAUCUCAACAGCAACAAAGUCGCUUUGAAGAAUUAUUUAUAGUUAUUAAAGAAAAUCAAAAACAAAAACAAAAACAAAAACCACAAAAUGGUGCUGGUAUUGAAUGGUGUUUUGCAGGACGAUUGUCCUAUGGAUACAAACAGUCUAUUCCUGCAACACCCUGUAUACAGAGAUUAUGCCCAACAACUACUCUCCAUACCGACAAAAUCCGUUGGUCCCGUGGGACUACUCUAUGUGGGCCAACGUGAAAUGGCCGCUGCUGCGCCGCACGACAAGAACAUCAACAUUAUUGGCGCCGAUGAUGCCACAACGUGCAUCAUAGUUAUGGUCAGGCAUUCAGGUUCAGGCGCUGUAGCUUUGGCCCACUUUGAUGGCACCGGUGUGGAUGAAGCUGUUUGCACAAUGGUCGCACGCGUUCAAGAGUUGGCCUUAGGUUAUCCGGAAGGACGUAUUGAGUUACAAUUAAUUGGUGGCUACCGAGAUCCGCAAGGAUAUGGCGAAGACGUUUUCUAUAGCAUAAUGCAAUCAUUCCACAAACAUCAUCUCGAGAUCGAUCUAACUCAAGCCUGCGUCGGUGAGCUGAAUACUAUACUGCGCGGCGACAUAAACUACCCGAUAAUUUAUGGGGUUGGCGUCAAUAUAAAAACCGGGGAAAUAUUCCCAGCAACAUUCCCAGACCGAGGACCGGAUAGGCAAUUGCGUGAUGCACGAAAUUUUAUGGGUGCACAAACGGUACUGGACAUAUACGACUCAUCGCUGGGCAUGUUACGCAUCGGCCCCUUUAACUAUGAUCCGUUACGUGGCGCUGAUUUGUGGCUCUCGCAAACAGAUGAAUUCUUAUUGCAACAUUUGUCGACGAGUCCAGAUGUCGAGCCGCCGCAUUUCACUAUGCAGAUACGCGCCACUAUAAAAUUCAUACAGGAUAAUCAAUUUCCCGCAAUCACGGUUUUCCGGGACAAUCGACCACGCUACUUUCGGCGCGAUGAGACUACGGGCUGUUGGACUUUGGUUAGAUAUUAAUUACAAAUACAAUACGUGCUCGCAUAUUUGCGUAUUUGCUUAAAGCGAAAUACACUUAGUGUUAUUAU